AUGUACAUGCCCAGUUCGAAAUGGACGUGGUCAUUCCUAUUGAUCGCCGUCUGUCAAGCUGCCAUCGGUCUGGGACUUGAGNNGGGUGCGUCGUUAUUGUCUAUGUGCUCAUGGCUUCCCACUGCUGACACGUGCUAUAGCUAUGUGUUUGCAAAAUUCCAAAUUUCGCUUCAUCCAGAAGCGCGCAGAACGACACAAUCACGAACGAUUCCUACAUACCUCGCCUUGUUCAUUUUCGGCUUCAUAUACCAACUUGCUCUCGUCUGGGACGCUCUACGCCUCAAGAACACAAUUCAAGUCAUCGGACUCUGUCUUUAUAACCUCGGUCUGCUCAUCUACGCUACCGUCCAGUACGACCAAAUCGAUCGCGCCGUUCAGGUUCUGAACCAGCACACAGAAAUCCUAGCCGGUUUUGGGCAGGACGUGAAGCCUUUCCUGGUAGCAGUACCCUGUGUCCUUGCGUUGGGUACGAUAGCUUUCAGUUUUGUGGCGUGGAAGUUAUAUGACGAGUUUGCGUGGUCAAUCUACAAGCACAUCUCAGCAGACUUGCGUCUGAAGAGACGUUACCUUGUUUACCAGAUUUACAUCGCCCUUCUCAAGUUCGACUUUUUCUUCUUCCUCGGAUUCACAGUGCAGUUCGUUGUCGUGGUUCGCGAACAUACGUCCAACAUCGAAUUUGCCCUUACCAUUGCCGCCAUACCAGUUACCAUCGCGAUUCUGCUUGCGGCUGCAUGGUUUACGAGACGCGAGUCCACGCUGGGAAUGUGCAGCACGAUUGUCCUCUACUUCGCCGCUAUGGCGUACUUCCUNUUCAAGCUCGUGCGUAUGUACGAUACAAACAAUCCGGCCAGAGUGGAGGACUACGAGCCUGCGCGAAAAAGUUUGACGACAUUUGCUGUCAUCACGCUACUACUGUUGAUUUUGACCAUCAUCAAUUGCGCAUGGUGUACGGCAAACUUCAACAAGGGGCUCAAACCGCACGUCCAACGACGAAGAGCGAUCGGAGUCGAGGACAAGAGCUAUGCGUACGAGAGACGACACAAUUCUCUAGGAGGAGCACAUGCCAUGGGAGCAGUUCCGGCAAGGAUGACGAUUGACUGA